AUGACUGAAAUUCUCAACAUCGGAGGCAAGCCGGUCUUUGACGAUCGCAUCGUCAAGAUCGAGACUCAUACGUACAACCCGUACGCCAACACAACGUUUGACUAUAGCGACGAAAUACGAAUACCCAUACAACAGCAGGAUCUGUAUACGUUGCCAUGCGAAAGUUUUCUCUACGUCGAAGGAACAUUGACGGUGACCAGAGCAGCCGACCAAGUCGAUAACGUGCUCGACGACGGUAUGGAGAUUGAUUGUUGCAGAAACGUAGAAAUAACCAGCACGCUCAAGAACUACGUAACGAUAUCGUCCGACAUAAGCGUGAUCCUGCGAAACGCUGGCUGGGAACCACAUAAUAACCCGAACGAAUAUUUCAAUUUUUGCGUACCGCUCAACUUGUUACUGGGAUUUUGCGAGGAUUACAAACGCGUGGUGAUCAACGCUCGUCACGAAUUGAUCUUGAUACAAUCGCGCAACGACAACAAUUCCCUGGUGGGAAGUCUCGCGUUGGAGCCUACUAUCAAAAUACUCAAGAUACAAUGGCGAAUGCCUCACGUGGUAUUGAACGAGAUCAACAAGCUGUCGAUGCUGCGCGCCUUGGAAGACGGACGAUAUCUAAGUAUGGGUUUCCGUUCGUGGGAUCUGUACGAGUAUCCCCUGUUGCAGAACACGACCAAGCACUCGUGGGCCAUUAAGACCGCGACUCAGCUCGAAAAACUGCGAUACGUCGUCUUCGCUCUGCAGACGGGUCGGAAGAACGUCAUGUCCGCCGACACAAGCCGAUUCGACGACUGCAACUUGACCAACGUAAAACUCUAUCUAAUCUCGGAAGUUUAUCCGUACGACGACCUGAAUUUGGACUUUGGCAAACACAGAUGGGCGAUUCUGUACGAUAUGUACGCGCGUUUCUGCAAGUAG